GGGCGGUGCUGGGGGUCGUGUUUGCCGGGUGGUUGGCGGGGUUUUGGUUUGUGGGGAGGGCGGUGACGGGGCUGGGGAUGGGGGUUGUGGGCGGCGGGGUGGAUGAGGAGUUGUGGCGGCUUGCGGGGUUGGCGAGUGCGGAGGGGGCCGGGAGGGGGUUUGAUAGUACUGCGAUGACGAUUGGGCGGGCGGAGAUUGCGGAGAGGGGUGGUGGGUUUGGUGUGAAGGGGUUUGGGGGGAGUGGGGAGGGCGGGUUGUCGAGGGCGUGUUUGGAGCGGAUUGGGGUUAUUGGGAUCUCGUUGAUGGCGUUGUUGUCGGGGUUCGCGAGCGUGUCGAGUCCGUGGCAUACGUUUGUGGACGACCGGACGUAUCGGAAGCGGCCGAUUACGGACGCUGAUAUUGCCCGGAAGCAGGCCGGGCUCGACGCGACGAGCGAGUUACUGUUGACGAAGCGACAUCGGUUGAGGUCACUGCAGAGGAAAGCGCAAGCGGUGGCAGACGGCGUAGGAGGCGGGACCUCUCAUGGAGCGCCUGCGGGAUCAGGGCUAAUGGGCAAAAUGAUCGGGUCCCUCAAAACAAUGACCGGCACCGGCGAAGCGGCCGAGAUCAAGGCCCUCCAAGUCGAGAUAUCCGGUCUCGAAACGAUGGAGUCAAACCUCGCUGGCUCUCUCUCCUCGCUCAAAUCGAGGCAAGCCGCCCACGCCCGGGACGGCACCGUGCUGGGCCGCCUCUUGGCCGUCCCGCAGUACAUUUUCGCCGGCUACUGCGUCUACCGCAUCCUCGCCACGACGCUCACGACCCUCCGACGCAUGUACUACCCACACGCCUCUUUUUCCUCGUCGGACCCCAUCAACCGCUUCCUCGGCGUGCUCGCCAAGCACUGGGAUCCCAAGCUCGACCAGAUCGCCUGGGCACGGCAGAUCUCCUUCCUGCUCUCCGGCGUCAUCCUCGCGGCGAGCGCGAACUCGGUCCUGCAAACCUUCCGCAUCUUUGCCAAGUGGGCGCCGGGCCUGUUUCACCAGGCCCAGGCCAACCUAGCGCUGCUGGUCGGCCAGGUCACGGCGACCUACGUCAUCAGCGCGGCGCUGCUCAUGCGGAGCAACCUGCCCAGGGACGUGGGCCGCACCGUCGGCGACGCGCUCGAGAGCGCGCUGGAGCCCGGGUUUGUGGACCGUUGGUUCGAGGGGUGGUUCUUGCUCGCCAGCGUCGGGACGGCGGCGGGUAUAUGGGUCGGGAGGAAGGUCAAUAGUGGGUUUGGGGAGGAGUGGGAUGAGUUUGCGGGCGAGGAGAUGGGGCAGAAGCGAUCUUGAAUUGUAUGUACGAGCGGUCAUUUCUUUUGUAUUGUGUUGUCAGAGCGUGUACAUAUUUUCUUGUUAUCAUCUAGCGCGCGGUCUUGUUUGUGAUGUGUCAUGGAUAGAGUAUAUUAAGAGUAGAAAUCUUACGUGUAUUAUAAUUUUUGAUAA